CUAGCAGCCCAGCAGCCUCCCUGCACCUAUGAAGCCUUGGAGUAAAAGCUGCCAGCCCCUUCAUUUCAUUCACUUCCUGUAGCCAGACUCCUUCGAUAAAGUGGAGAGAGUGGGACACGGGGAAAGGAACUAUUUCUGUUCUAAAUAAGGCUCUCCGAGGAGCACCAACAACUCCUCGCCUCUGCAAAGCUCCAUAACUUCAGUGGUGUGUGACAGCGGCAGAUCGUCACGCACAGACACAGAGCAUUUCGCGUCAAAAACAAAACGGUGCGCCCAUUACACCCGAACCCAUGCAUACGGAUGGUUCAAGUUUUGACGCCCAUCGCCGAGCCUUCUCCUGAUUCCACGCGCCGAGUUUGGAUACACUGUACGCUGUGAGACUGCAGGGGUUCAUGUACUGGAAAAAUGAACUUUUGUCCCCUCUUUCAGAGGGAAACAAGAUUUUGUCCGAAGGAAUUCCCAAGAAGCAGGUGAUCUCCACCGAGCAUCAGAGUACACCGGGAGCCUCGCGCUGCAGUGUGGACUCUAACCACGCGCCAAUGUCUCACUCGGACGGAGAGUCCCAGCGGUCCAACAUGGAGCCGGAGGACACCCACUCCCCACCCAGCAGCCCCUCCAGCCCUUCCGUGUGCUCGCCGAUCUCCACCGCCAGCUCGGUGCCGUCAGACGGGAAGAACGUGUGCGCCAGCUGCGGUCAGGAGAUCCUGGACAGAUACAUGCUGAAGGUGAACAACCUCAUAUGGCACGUGCGCUGUCUGGAGUGUUCUGUCUGCAGGACGUCGCUACGUCAGCACAGCAGCUGCUACAUCAAAAACAAAGAGAUCUUCUGUAAAAUGGAUUAUUUCAGUAGGUUUGGUACUAAGUGUGCCCGCUGUGGGAGGCAGAUAUUCGCCAGCGACUGGGUGCGCCGUGCAAGAGGGAACGCAUACCACUUGGCAUGUUUUGCGUGCUUCUCGUGUAAGAGGCAGUUGUCUACGGGAGAGGAGUUUGGCUUGGUGGAAGAUAAGGUCCUGUGUAGGAGCCACUACGACACCAUGGUGGAGAACCUCAAACGAGCGGCUGAGAGUGGCAAUGGUAUCACAUUAGAAGGAGCAGUUCCAACAGAACAUGACAGUCAGCCCAAACCGGCCAAAAGGGCACGGACAUCGUUCACUGCAGAACAGCUACAGAUAAUGCAGGCUCAGUUUGCCCAGGACAACAAUCCAGACGCCCAGACGCUACAGAAACUAGCCGACAUGACAGGCCUCAGCAGGAGAGUGAUACAGGUGUGGUUUCAAAACUGCAGAGCAAGACACAAAAAGCACACGCCCCAACACAGUGGGGUUCCCCAAGGUCACCUCCAGUCCAGGAUACCCUCGUCCAUGCCCGAUGAGCUGCAUUACUCCCCCUUCGGCAGUCCUGAGCGGGCGCGCAUGGUGGCCCUUCACGGGUAUAUCGACAGUCAUCCCUUCUCAAUGCUGACUUCUCAAGGUCUCUCUCAUCAGGCCAUGUCGCUGCCCCAGCUCCCCCUCAGCCGCUAGUGCUCCACCACUAUGACCCUUUUGACCCCUAAACCUCCGGAUCUGAACCCUUGAUCUCCCAUCACUGACGUCUGUAGACCUGACCGGGGGGUCAUGCAGUCAUCAGUUUGGAGAAAAGACUUAUCUUACAGGAGCCCUGCCCACUCGGACAUAAUGGAAAGAAAAGGAAGAACGAGGAAAAACUCAAGAUACGUCCAUCAUUAUGGGUUUUUAUUUCUGAGGACAGGAAUAUCCCACCUGCAGCCACUCACAGCCUCAGAAGCAUUUAUCAUUAGCAGGAACUCAGUGACGGUAUUUUACACCACCUUAAGGACCCAUUUUGCUUCAAAUGUACAGCAUCCUCCACUCUACCCACCCAUCCUUUUUUUAAAAGGGAUGAAGCUGAAAGAGGAGUGAAGCUUUUUGAGCGCUGUCAGAGUACUGAAGAUAAACAAAGAGAGGGAACUUGAGGGGAACUGUCUUUGUGGCCUAAAGGCCCGACACACUCAGUAGACCACACUAGAGGUAAGACUGCUAUUUUCUCUCUAAGCAAACAUGAAGGAAACCUAAAUGUAAAGAAAUAAAUAUGACUGUUGAAAUAUUUUCUUUAGGAAGGGACCUUAUGACAUCUCAAAAAUAUUCCCUAUGUUACAUUUUUGGUCGAUUUUCCAAUGAAAUUAGGUUAAUUUUUGACAUUGUGUGCCUUAUCUUUUCCAUAAUUUAAAGAAAUUCUGCAGCAUUGAACCAGCUAAUUAAAUCUAAGCCUGUAAUUCAUCUCUACGUUUUAAUUACGUAGAAAAAAUUAAGAAGAUUUAAAAUCUUCUACUGGUGGAAAAUGUGCAUCUUGAAUGUGUCAAUUUGGAAGUAAACCACAAAGCACACUUUCUGGGCUUGUGUGUUUUUAAAUUAUGGCUGUGACAUUAGAAGCUAACAGAAUUUGGGCCACAAUAAUCCUGCUACAUUUCUUUAAACUGAAAGGGAAACAAAUGGAAGACUGAGAUGAGCUACACAUUGCUACAAAUUCUGUUACAAGUUACAUAUUUUCAUAUUUCCAAACAUGUGUAUUGUCACUAAUUUAUAUGUUCUCUGUCUGUGUGUCUUUGGCACAAAGAGGGAAGUGUUGGUGUUUUGGUACAAUAUGGAAAAUAUGAAGCAGACUGGGGUUGUACAUACGUGUGUGUGUAUGUGCGUGUGUAUGUGCGUGUGUAUGUGUGUGUGUGUGUGUGUGUGUGUGUG